UAUAGUCACUCCCCUUUGCCCUGAUCGUUUGGAGCUGCUGGGACUGAGUAAUAAAUGAAUUGUUAGCUAGCGACCUGUAUCAAUAACCUUACCAAAUAUUGACUAUUCAUUAUCGGCAAUAAGGGUUACUCCUGUCUGUGGUAUGAAAAGGUAGCUUUGGCCAUCUCGCCUGAAGUUGUGAUCAGAAAGCUGAAGCAUGGAUUCGCCUCAGGAUGACUUCUCUCCACUCAAACGCUUUGUAGUGGCCAAGAAAAAGAUAAGUGACGUGUUUGAUCAACUGCUGGAGUAUGUGAAGGAAGGUUCUGUGUUUGUAGAAGAAACUUGUCGGAAUGACGCCUUAGAGAAUAUUGCAAGUCGGGAGCAACAGGAGCAGAUUCGGGCGUAUGCCGGAAAACUGCAAACUAUAAAAGAUGUGCUGGCACGCAGACACAUGAAGGUGGCCUUCUUUGGCAGGACGAGUAAUGGGAAGAGUACAGUGGUGAAUGCCAUGCUGAGGGACCGGGUGCUGCCCAGUGGCAUGGGUCACACCACCAACUGCUUCCUGAGUGUGGAGGGUACGGACUCGAACAAUGCUUACCUCAAGACGGAGGGCUCAGAGGAAGAGAAGAGCAUCAAGACUGUGAACCAGCUGGGUCACGCGCUGCACAUGGACCAGAGUCUGGAUGCAGGCUGCCUGGUCCGAGUCUUCUGGCCCAAGACCAAGUGUGCCCUGCUCCGAGACGACCUGGUCCUUGUAGACAGCCCUGGGACAGAUGUCACCACACAGCUGGACAGCUGGAUCGACAAGUUCUGCCUGGACGCUGAUGUCUUUGUGCUGGUGGCCAACUCUGAAUCAACCCUCAUGAACACGGAGAAGCAUUUCUUCCACAAGGUGAACGAGAAGCUCUCUAAACCCAACAUCUUCAUUCUCAACAACCGCUGGGACGCCUCAGCCAAUGAGCCGGAAUACAUGGAGGAUGUUCGAAAGCAGCAUACGGACCGCUGCGUCAACUUCCUGGUGGAGGAGCUGAAGGUGGUGGACCGGGAGCAGGCGCCCAACCACAUCUUCUUUGUGUCAGCCAAGGAGGUGCUCAACUCCCGCAUGCAGCGCGCCCAGGGUAUGCCAGAGUCUGGUGGAGCUUUAGCCGAAGGUUUCCAGGAGAGGCUCAAGGAGUUCCAGAGUUUCGAGAGGAUAUUUGAGGAGUGUAUCUCGCAGUCAGCAGUGAAAACAAAGUUUGAGCAGCACACUAUCAGGGCCAAGCAGAUCAUUGAAACGGUCAAAGCCAUCAUGGACGCCAUCAACAUCAAGGCAGCAGAGAAGAGAGUGGCCUCAUUGGAGGACCGUGAGUACCAGAUUGACCGUCUGGAGUUUGUGACGAACCAGCUCCAGCUGCUCAUAGAAGACAUCAAGAAGAAGAUCAAGGCUGUCACAGUGGAGGUGGAGAGCAAGGUGUCCAGCGCCAUGGGCGAAGAGAUCUGUCGUCUCAACGUGCUCAUCGAGGAGUUCCGCUCGGACUUCCACCCCUUGCCCGACAUCCUCAAGCGCUACAAAUCAGAGCUGCUGAGCCACAUCGAGGAGGGCAUGGGUAAGAACCUGGCCUUCCGCUGCUCCAACGCCGUCAACGCCUCCGUGCAGUCCUCCCAGAGAGACAUGAUCGAGAGUCUGCAGCCUCUGCUGCCCCCUGCUGUUCAGAACCAGAUACAGAUGCUGGUGCCCUGUCACAAAUUUGACCUGAGCUACGACCUGAACUGUGCCACGCUCUGCUCGGACUUCCAGGAAAACAUAGAGUUCCAGUUCUCGAUGGGUUGGACGGCGCUGGUCAACCGCUUCCUGGGGCCCACCAACGCCAAUCGGGCCCUUAUGCUGGUCGACAAGAACUUCCCGAUGACGCGCUCCCUGUCCACCACACCCUCCAGCGGACCCUCCAGUGUUGCCGUUGCCCAGCCCCAGGACACUGCGCUCUCCCAGGAGGACCUGAUGAUGUCCGUGGCCACCAACCUGGCCUCCCUCGCCUCCCGCACGUCCAUGAGCAUGGUCAUCGUCGGAGGAGUGGUGUGGCGGACGGUGGGCUGGCGGCUCAUAGCCCUGUCGGCCUCCAUGUACGGCCUGCUCUACCUGUGGGAGAAGCUCACGUGGACCACCAAGGCCAAGGAGUGCGCCCUGAAGCGCCAGUUUGUGGACUACGCCACAGAGAAGCUGCAGCUGAUUGUCAGCUUCACCAGUGCCAACUGCAGCCACCAGGUUCAGCAGGAGAUGGCCACGACCUUUGCUCGGCUGUGUCAGCAGGUUGACCUGACAAAGAGGGAGCUGGAGGGAGAAAUCAGCCGACUGACUGCCAAGGUCCAGACUCUGGAGACCGUCCAGUCCCGCUCCAAGAUCCUCCGGCACAAAGCCACAGAGUUGGAGAGGCAGUUGGAGACUUUUACAGACCAAUAUCUGAAUCCCCAUCAUUGAUGGACUGGUCCUCUUCACUGGAGCCUGUCUUGGCAUUGACUCGCCAUGCCUGGACUCCCCUCCCCCUCAGAGAAAAUAUGUCCAUGCUUGAUAGUGUUCCUCCUGGAAUUUCCCCACCUCAAAACAGAUGUUUCUCCAAGAGAUUUGUGGAAGUGUCCAGUCUUCCACACACACAUUAUUGAAGGACUUUGCAGAGAACAAACUGCCUGUUUGUUGAACUAACACAACUGCCUGUUGUGUUACAAAUACAAACUCAAACUGUGAAUACAGUUCCAAAGUUGGAGACAUAAAACCUGGGCUGUGAUGAAGUUGGGUGCUGUAUCCUGUACAUUGAAACUACUGCCCUUUUAACUGUGAAUAGGCUUUUUACUCAUGAAGUAAAUGUGUGUGUAUGUUUAGACAAAUGUAGGCAUGUGAUUUUCAUUCAGUGCUGAGUUUGUUCUGGUUCACCCUUGGUACUGGUACCCCCAUUGUAUGUGUGUAUGUAUAUAUUAUAUUUUAAGACAUUCAGAAAGUAUACAGACAGCCUUAUUCUAAAAUGUUUUUGUUUUGCUCAUCGAUCUAC